AUGCGCAAUAUUUAUGCCAAAGCCUGCACAACUUCAACAGAAUUACCUCCUCAUGUAUUUUUUGUUGCCCAGAGUGCUUUUGAUGGAAUAUGUUCUCCACCUUCAGUUGUAACCUCUCAAUCUAUAUUGAUAACUGGAGAAAGCGGUGCCGGCAAAACAGAAAAUACAAGAAGAAUAAUUGAAUAUUUAAUUAAUGUUUCUGGAAAUUAUUCACAAAAAACGCCAAAUUUAAACGAGGGAAGAAAAAGCAUAGAUUCUGCCCUAUUAGCAGCAGGGACUGUUUUAGAAGCUUUUGGAAAUGCUCAAACAAUACAUAAUGAUAAUAGCUCCCGUUUAGGGAAAUUUAUAAGACUUGAGUUUGAAAAUGGUGGCAGACUACGAUCAGCAUGCAUCGAUUGCUAUUUAUUGGAAAAAUCUCGCGUUGUAUGCCAGAAUCCGGGAGACAGGAAUUUCCAUAUUUUCUAUCGACUUCUCAAAAAUUCUUCGUUUUUGGCAUCUGAUAAGGCUCAAAAAAUCGCAAAUAAAAUAUUUGGAUAUUCUUUAGUCGAAGCUGAUUUAUUUAGAUUUUUGAAUCAAGGGAAUAUUGCCGAAAAGAGUGUGCAUGCUAAAUUUGUUGAUGAUCUGGAAGGAGGACGUGAGACUGAGCAAGCAAUUGAUCAAUUAGAAUUUACAUUGAAUGAAAAGAGUUGGAUUCGAGAAUUAAUGUUUGCCUGUAUUUUAAUUGGCCAAAUACGUUUUGGAGAACGUUCGGGGCUCGAUAUGAGUUAUGUAGAGGAAAUGUUGGAGAUUGAGGCUGUUAGUGAAUUACUUGGACUUAGCCAUUCGUCUCACCUUGUGGAUGCUUUAACUCAACCAAGUAUUAAAGUUGGAGAUGUUUUUAUUAAAAGGAGCCAACCUUUACGUAAAACACAAGCAUCUGCGCAAGCUUUAGCUAAAUGUUUAUACGAAAGAGUAUUUAAUUGGAUAUUAGCAAAAUGUAAUAAAGCUAUUGGGAUAAAUAAUAAUGAGGAAAAUGAAAAUAAAGAAAUGAAAAAUAAUAAAUUUAUUGGUGUUUUGGAUAUGGCUGGAUUUGAAAUUAUGGAAAGAAAUUCGUUUGAACAGCUUUGUAUAAACUUCACAAAUGAACGUUUACAACAAUUUUUUAAUGAUUUUUUGUUUGUUCGAGAACAGCAAGAAUAUACUCGUGAAGGUAUUCAAUGGACAGAGCAAUCUUAUGGAGAUGAUCUCCAACCUACAAUUGACUUGAUUGAGAAGCCUUUGGGAAUACUUUCAUUAUUACAAGAAGAAUGUAUUGUGCCUAAUGGUUCAGAACUUUCGCUUUUAGAGAAAAUGUUUCAAAGAUUGUCUCAUACAGCUCCAUCUGUGUUUUCCAAAGCAAAACAGACAUCUCGAACAUUAAAUUCCGGUCAUUUCACAAUUUGUCAUUAUGCUGGUUCUGUAAUUUACAAUGUCGAUGGAUGGCUAGAAAAAAAUCGGGAUUCUGUCGAUUCAAAUAUUUUACAAGUUCUGGCCAAUUCCCAACAUCCUUUAAUUUUCCAACUUUUUACCAAUUCUCAAUUAAUUUAUUCAAAAAGAAAAGGCCCAGCAAUGGCACAAGCAAGCAUUAGCUUUGUUUAUAGAGAACAAUUAAAUAAAUUACUUGAGACUAUUAAACAAACUAGGGCACAUUUUAUUAGAUGUAUUGUGCCUAAUCAUCAAAGAAUACCCUUUCAGGUACUUUUGUGUAAUGGUGUAUUGGAAGGUAUAAGAAUAUGUCAAAGAGGUUACCCAAAUCGAGUUCGCUUUGAAGAAUUUAUCUCUCGAUAUCGAAUUCUUUCAUUUAAAAGCCAAGAAUAUCAACAGAAAAAAUUAUUAAAUGAAGAUCCUAGAAUUUUGGUUGGAAAUUUAUGUGAGGACUUGGAACUUGACGAGAAACGAUUUCAGAUUGGAAGAACACGAUUAUUUUGUCGAGUUGGACUUCUUUCUGAAUUAGAAUCUCGUAGACGAAACAAACUAAGCCAAACUUUAACUGAUUUACAAGCUUAUAUUCGUUGGUAUUGGGCACAAAUUGAAUUGAAACGGAGGAGGGAUGAAUGGGAAUCAUUAUUAACAAUUCAACAAUCACUUCGUUACUAUAUUCAACUAAAAUCUUGGCCUUGGUAUAGACUUUAUCAAAAAGUAUUUCAAUUAAUUCCUCUCGUUUUGGAUAAACGGAGAUUGAAUGAAUUGUUGGCAGAAAACAAUGAACUUAAUAGAAAACUUGAAGAAAGUAAUGAAAAAUUGCAAAAGACAAAAAGAGAUUUGAGUGAAUUUAGGUGGGAGAAUAAUUUUUAA